GAUCGGAUGAAGAUGAGGUCUCUGCUCAGCGGCAAGCUCGGAACUGAGCCAACUCUGGAAGAGCGAUGCAUGAGGUUAUCAGGUGAUGUGGCACAGGCGAUGAACUCAGCUCAAAUAACUCAGCAAGAAGUGUCGACUAUCUUCGAGUCGCCCUUCGACAUGAUGCGGGAGGACGGGAACUCUGAGAACAGUUCUUCAUCUACUCCUGUCUACUGGCGAGUUGAGAACCAAGACGUGCUUCGCGGUGAGCGCUGCUUCGCAACGGGUGCCAUGACUUGGUCCAAAGUGGCGGUCUGUAGCUGCAAGGAGAACGCGGCUCGCACACCUCCAGCCAUGUUUGGUCCAUCGCCCUUUGGGAUGAAUGGAAGAGGAGGAAGUGACGAGGACAUGGGAGAAGGAAAUGAAAUUUUCGGAAUGUGGGGAGGUCGACCAGGAGGAAGAUUCCGCGGAAUGGGAGGAGGAGGGGUGCCGAGUAGAGGAGGAUUCUUUGGAAGGGGCGGAAGUCGGGACGGAGAUGAAAACGGCACCGACGAUGACAACAGUGGUGAAUCUGGCAUGAUGUCCCCAAAUCUCCAUGGUUCCAGCAACGUUGGAGGUAGUCCAAUAAUAUUCCCUGGUUCCCAACCUGGCUCCUCAAUCGACUUGAGUACCAUUAAGAACAUCAUCUCAAAUUCGAUAAGCGAUCCAGACGGUUCUCUGAACCUAGACGCCCUCAAGAAUAUUUUCGCAAACCAAGCCUCUAGUGGAUUUGACUUAGGAAGCAUCUUUGGGACGGCAGGGACACAAAAAUCGCCCAAUAUGCCUCCUCAAGCAACAUCGAAUACCGGGGGCUCAGUUGGGGGAAGUGAAGGAAUCGAUAUAAACAGACUGCAGUCAUUUUUUAAUUCCAAUGGACAACGAACUGGAGGCCAGAUGUCUAAUUUCAACUUUGCUCCUUUGCGCAGUGGCAAUAUUCGCCCUGAUGCAAACCGCCCGAUUAACUCAGGUGCAGGUAAUCGUAAUCGUUCAGAUGCAGGUCGCCGUUUUGACUCAGGUGAAGACCGCCAUUUUGACCGAAAUGCAGGCCCCUAUAACAGCUCGUAUAACUCAUCGAGUUUGUCUCACAUCGAGCUGAACCACCGAUCGGAAAUGGAGCUGCAAGACGGAACGCAGCAGGUGACGGGUGAGGUGCUUGUGGGGCUGAAGCUCAACGGCUCAUUCGACCUCGGCAGCAUCUGCGCCGAUAGCUGGAACAGCACUGAGGCACUAGUCGUCUGCAACGUCCUCGCCAACAGGCUCAGCCGCCACGAGAAGCCACUGAUGCGAGCGCAAGCGAAAUCGCCCGUUAAGCCACCGAAGACGCCGAUGAAUAAUGAGCUCAAUGUCGCCAUAAAGUUGGGCGGGGUGAAGUGCCAGGGCAACGAGACUGACAUCAUGCAGUGCAUCCACUUUCCAUGGGGCCCUCAAAGCUGCCCUGGCAACGUGAAGGCUACGGUGACCUGCAUCUUGCGCUGAUUUGAAUAAUAGCAUUGUAGGGGGGAACCACUAGCACGUACUGGUCUUAAUCGGAAGCCUACUGUACAUUGCGUUGUAAAUUGGCUAGUAAUAUGAGGUGCACAAUGAAAGAAUAUGAAAUUAAUAUUUUAAUAGAAAAAGAACUUGAAAAAUUGCAUUCUAAUUUGGUUCGUUUUCCGUAAUGAUCGUUUUCCGUCACGGAUCGUUUUCCGUAAAUAUAAAUAAAUCGGCUAACCUGAAUUGUACAUUUGAACCCUAAUACAAGAUCGUUAUAACUCAUAAAAUCACUUCCGUCGAAUAACGUACCAACGUUCAAUGACGAACAUGUUACGUCUCCACACCGUCUUUGGUUAAAGUCCAGGGAAUGCCAGGGAUUCCUCUCCUAACUUGUCUUUUGGGUAUCGUUCGCUGGUACUAUUGUUAACUGCAGUACUUUCAAUUCUGGUACAACUGAUUUUCUUGCUGACUGGUUUCGAGAUUCUCUCGCUGACUGGUUGCAGGUAAAAAAUUUAGAGAUAAUAAGACGAUGUAAUGCGCAAUGCAACAUUAUCACUGCACAAACCAGCUGGCAUGAGGUGGAUUUUGACGAUUAAUAUGUUAAAUAUUCAGUACGUCAAUCGGGUAGUAUCCAUAAAUGAACAGACUUCACAACUCGAGACAACAAGAAAUAUUGUCGAAAAGUUAAGUUAAAUAUCUCAUUGUCGAGUUUCAAAUUAGACCUCCAUGAGUAUUGAGUAACUAAAUUAUAUAGAUGUAUACUACAAGUUAUCACCAAUUACUGUAUUCCUUUUUUUCUUCUUUUUUAUGUUUCGUAUAAGCAAAUUUAUUUAUUGUAAAACUAUACAUACUCAUCUAAUAAGUAUGCAGAAGUGUGAAAUAUUUAAAUGCUUAGUAUAAUUUUCAUGCAGAUGAAAAUCGUGCUGCCUGCUAUGAGUGCAAUUACUUUUCAUUGUGAAAUGUCAACAUCUUUUUGCAAUUAAGUAAAUUUUAUUGUAACUGUGCAACUCUAUUCAGGUCAGAUGGUUUUAGUUAUCAGUUGGGAUAUUUUCACUAGCACGAAGGAUAUUACUUAAUUGCUUCCGAAAAAUGAACCUAUACCUAAGUUGAACGUAUAACGUCAUCAUACCAUAUCUGAUUUACGGAGCCUUCACCUGACUUAUCGCAUGCACAUUGCUACAAUACCUUUGAAUUGUUACAGCUUUGAUUGUCAUCGCAGGUGGAUAGUCGAGAUUGUCACAAUCUGAAAAAACAUUAGAUUAAAUUACCUCUUAUUUCACAAUAACUAAUUACUUUUCAUCGAUUGUAUUUUGUCUGAUGUUUAGAUAAACUAUAACCAUAGUAUUACAGUAUAGUGUAUAUAUAUAUAUACUAUACUACAUACUAUAUAGCCAUAGUAUAAAGUAUAAACUAUAACCACCAACUAUUAUAUUAGUUAGUCGACAGUUUUGAAAAUAUGUGUAUCCAUUUCUCUUACA